AUGCUGUUAGUUAGGAUUGCACUCAUCCGCACUUCUGAAUCUGUUUCUGUCGGUGUCCAAAGUUAUCGCGUAGAAACCACCUCGAAGUGUGUCACCUAUUCGACAGAUCUGGUCGAUUCCAUCGCCCAUCGCCCAUCGCCCAUCGCUAGCCACUUCGGGCAUGGCCGGAAUCCGCCCCGCUCGCCCCUCCGCCAGCUUCCGCUCCUUCUUCUCCUACAAGGUCUUUGCCUCCGCCCUCUUCACCCUCCUCUUCCUUGCCGCCCUCUCCGCCUUCCUCUCCUCCCCUUCACCCCCCUCCCGCUAUUCGCCCACCUCCGCCCUCCGCGGUCGAUUCCUCGCCUCCGACCCCCUCCGAGCCCGCGUCGACCUGAUCUACCGCCAGGCCGCCGACCACUCCGUCCUCGUCACUGCCUACGCCGCCUACGCCCGCCGCCUCAAACUCGACUCCUCGCGCCAGCUCCGCGUCUUCGAGGGCCUCACCGAUUCCCUCUCUGACCUCUCCCUCCGACUCGAAGGCACCGUCUUCGACGAUGAGGACGCCCUGCGCGCCAUCGAGAAAGAGGCCAAGGACCGCGUCAAGUUCGCUCGCCAGCUCGUUGCCGAGUCCAAGGAGGCAUUCGAUACCCAGAUCAAGAUCCAGAAGCUUCGCGAUACCAUUUUUGCCGUCCGCGAGCAGCUCCACCGCGCCAAGAAGCUCGGAGCCCUCGCUGGUUCUAUCGCCGCGGGAUCCACGCCCAAGAGCCUCCACUGCCUCGCCAUGCGCCUCAUGGAGGAGAGGAUCGCCCAUCCCGAGACAUACCGCCACGCUGCUGCGGCCGCCCUGGCCGAUCCCGAACUCUACCACUACGCCAUCUUCUCUGACAAUGUCAUCGCCGUCUCUGUGGUGGUCAACUCCGCCAUCAAGAAUGCGAGGGAGCCCUGGAAGCACGUUUUCCACGUCCUCACCGACCCCAUGUACCUGGCCGCUAUGCAGGUCUGGUUCGUUCGCCGGCCGCCGACUGGCGGUGCCAAGGUGGAGGUGAGGUCUGUCGCCGAGUUUAGGUUCUUGAACGCCUCCUAUUCGCCGGUUGUGAGGAUGCUGGAGGGUGGGCGGCGGGACCUGUCGGUGCUCCAUUACCUUAGGUUCUACCUGCCACAAAUGUUCCCUAAGCUGAGGCGGAUCGUUCUCCUGGAGGAUGAUGUGGUGGUGCAGAAGGAUCUGGCAGGCCUCUGGAGCGUCGAUCUGGAUGGGAUGGUGAACGGCGCUGUGGAAACGUGCUUCGGGGGUUUCAAGAGGUAUAACAGGUACUUGAACUUCUCCAAUCCUCUAGUUCAGAACCGGUUCAGCUCGCGGGCGUGUGCUUGGGCCUACGGAGUUAACGUCUUCGACCUUGAUGCCUGGAGAAGGGAGAAAUGUACUGAGCAAUUCCACGAGUACCAGAUCCUGAACGAGGAUGGAACUCUUUGGGAUCAAGCAUCAGUUCUUCCAGCAGGACUAGCCACCUUCUACACUACCACAAAACCACUGGAUAAGACAUGGCAUGUUCUAGGUCUCGGUUAUAACCCUAGCAUAAGUCUCGACGAGAUUCAGAAUGCAGCAGUCGUUCAUUUCGAUGGUAACAUGAAACCAUGGCUAGAUGUGGCCCUAAACCAAUACAAGCAUCUCUGGACAAAGUAUGUCGACAGUGAAAUGGAUUUUCUCCAACUUUGCAACUUUGGCCUUUAAUCAAAAGAUGAUUCGGAGAACUGAUUUAGAGUUAGUACUCAGAAAGGUGCAAGUUAUUAUAGCAUUUAUCAAUGUUUUCUUUUCUUUUCUUUUUGUCUCUUCCACUUUGUAGAUGUAUAUUUUCUAUUGCCAUUGAUAUGUAUAACCUCAAUUAUGAGUAACCACUUGUGCCAAAAGGCAACAUGUUUGUAUUAUCAUCAUCAUCAUCAUCAUCAUGCUGCUGUAAAAGGCUUUGUUCACUAACGAGUCUGUUUGUAUAAAUUGGUUUCUUACAGUGAA